AUGAAUCGAAAACUUAUUUCAUUGAUUAAUUCAACAACAACGACGCCACCACCAACAACUCAUCAAACAUGGGACACUAUUCCUCAGAAACUUUUAAACGACUUGGGACAAUUGGUGAAAGCAAAUAGUAUCGAAGGUGUGAAAAGGCCCAAUGUUGUAGUCGUGUAUACACCAUGGAAAAAUUUGAAGAAAACUGGUGAGAUGGAUGUUGGACAAGUCUCGUUUCACAAUCCUA